AUGGUUAAAUGCCAGAAUAUCAUUCCAUUAAGUGUCAAUUAUCACUUAACAAGAGCUUGUAACUACAAAUGUAAGUUUUGUUUUCAUAUGGCCAUUACAAGUGAUGUUCUUCCAUUAGUACAAUCGAAACGUGGAAUUCAAAUGCUCUAUGAUGCCGGUAUGAAGAAGAUCAAUUUUAGCGGUGGUGAACCAUUUUGUAUUCAACGAGGAAGUUUUGUUGGUGACUUAGUCAAAUUUUCAAAAGAACUUGGUUUAGCCACAAGCAUUGUUUCAAAUGGUAGCCUUAUAACGGAUGCCUGGUUUCAAUCAUAUUCAAAAUAUCUUGACAUAUUGGCAAUAUCGUGUGAUAGUUUUGACGAUGAAUGUAAUCGUAAUGCCGGACGAACAAACGGAGCUGAUAAUCGUUCCCAGUUGUAUCAUAUCCGACGUGUGCGAGAUUUAUGUUAUCAAUAUAAUGUCAUAUUUAAAAUAAAUUCUGUUAUUCAUUCGUUGAAUUAUAACGAAAACAUGAGAGAAGCGAUUGAUGAAUUACAACCAGUAAGAUGGAAAGUAUUUCAAUGUUUAUUAAUUGAAGGUGAGAGUUUUGGUAAAGAUGCAUUACGUGAUGCAGGACCGAUGGUAAUUACUGAUAAACAAUUUGAACAAUUUUGUGCAACACAUCGUCAUUUAAAAUGUUUUGUUCCUGAGUCUAAUUCAUUUAUGAGAAAUUCGUAUUUGAUCCUUGACGAACGUACGAGAUUUUUAGAUUGUCGAUAUGGGCGAAAAGAUCCAUCACCGUCGAUAUUAGAUGUUGGUGUUGAAGCAGCAUUGAAUAGAAGUGGAUUCGAUGAGAAAAUAGGGAAGGGUAUUCAAAAAUGGACCGAUAAACAAUCAAAACAAACGUUUCUUAUAUCACCAGAAUUAAUAUUAACAGAAUCACAGUCAUCUAAUAAUGAAAAAACCACAGUAACUGUGCGUAUGUUACCGACAGAAAAUGGUUUAGUUAAUGUUUGGUUACGUAAUGCUGAAGCUGGCGGUCGGAUUGGUAGUCAAUUAGCCGGUGUACAAAAUACAUCCGAUCUUUAUGAAAAAUAUUUUAAAGAUGAUCAAGCAAUGGCUAUAACAUAA